AGAUAUGGAAAUUUUACCGCUUUAUCAAUAAAUCGAUAUCCCAGACGGACUGGUUGAUAUUUAAAUGAUAAUGAAGGAAGACAAGGAUACAGUCAAAAAAACUCUUUUACGACGUCGUAGUGAUCCAACAUCAAAUCAUAUUGGCACGACUGAUGCGAUUGUGGCAGCUGAAUUACCAUGGGGCUCGCUAAAAGUGGUCAGUAUGACUGGCGUUGAUUUCUCAUCUCCACCAGGUCAUUUUGCUGUCAAAUCAUUAUUACAAGAAUUAUUCCUCAUUUUUGAUCGUAGGAUUCAUUCCAUCGAAGAUGGCGACAUUGAACGUAACAUUAAUAAAACACUUCAAAUUGGAGACGAUACAUAUAUAGAAAACCUUCUACGAGUCUUAAAUACGCUUUGCGAACAUUGUUUGCCAUCUGUUCUUGCAACAUUAAUUAGCUGGUAUGAGAAACAACUGGAACCUUUCAAAGAACUGAGUGAAAAAACUGCGAAAUCAGAUGAGCAACGCCUAGCAAUCAACUAUCUUUUCUGCGUCAUCCUGAUUGAAGUUUUACCACAACUACACUUCUUCCCCACCAUUUGCGACAAUUCCGUAUCAUGCAUUGUGGCCUUGGCAUUUGACGAAGUUGCAUAUCGUGAACUUUCAACCUAUGGUUCAAAUUACAAUAAUUACUUGCUGGUAGCCGAACGUUAUGCCGAGGUCCUUGGUGUUUUGUCACAGACGCAUGCUGUUCUAAUACAGCGUACAUUUCUUAAUACAUUGGAUGAACUCCGAAAGGAAAAUCCAAUGACUCCAUUUGGUAUGAACUGCAUAAUCGCUUUGCUGAUGGCUAUGAAGUUUUACAGAAUAAAGACCAAUGAUGUUGUCGAGUUCGAAAUUGGUGUACGUUUCUUAGAUGAACUUGGACAGUAUUAUUUGGAUGUCAAGCAAAAAGAUAUCAAACACGCAAUUGCGGGGUUGCUAGUUGAGAUUCUUCUUCCAGUUGCAGCGCAAAUCAAAACGGAAGCAAAUAUACCUGCAGUAAUAUCAUUUGUUGAUAAACUUUAUGCGCCUACAUUUGAGCUAGUUAACAAGAAACGCGAUAAAAUGGCAGCAUACCCAUUGCUGACAUGCUUACUCUGUAUUAGUCAGAGUAAAUUUUUCUUGAUGAAUUGGCCACAAUUCCUCAAUUCUACAUUGGCAAGCCUGAAAAUCAAAGAUGCAAAAGUAUCCAGAGUUGCAUUAGAAUCGCUAUAUCGCCUUCUGUGGGUAUAUGUGAUACGAAAUAACUGUGAAGGUAAUACGACCACGCGAAAUAGGUUGGAAUCAAUUUGUAAUUCAUUAUUUCCGAAAGGUAACCGAGGUGUGGUACCACGUGAUGCACCACUGAAUAUCUUCGUCAAAAUUAUUCACUUUAUAGCACAGCAAAAGCUUGAUUUUGCUUUUAAGGAAAUAAUAUUUGAUUUGUUGGGUUGCAACAGGGCUCACAGUGUAUUGAAGAGUUCAAUUUAUCCUGAACGUAUGAAUAUCGGGAUACGGGCAUUGAUGGUUAUAGCGAAUAGUCUGCAGCAGAAGGAGGGACCACCUGAUAUGCCACGUUCAAUGGCUCUAAGUUCUUCCCAGAGAUUAAAGAAAACAUACAUUUCUCGUCCUUUGACAGCUGAAAUUGCUCGUUCAAUAGGCAUUGAGCUAUACUAUGCACCAUGUAGGCGAGCUUUCGAUUCGAUUCUAAGAGCGUUGGAUUCGCAGGUUGGGAAGCCAUUAAUGAUGACUGCUGCACAUACUCGAGGAAAAGAACCGGAAGAGCUGUUAACGGGUGAUGUGAAACCUAAGUUGGAUCUAUAUCGUACGUGUAUUGCAGCGAUUCCUCGCCUUCUUCCGGAUUCAAUGAGUCAUUCGGAGCUUGUCGAAUUGUUAGUACGAAUGAAUGUGCAUAUCGACGGAGAAUUGCAAUUACAUGCAGCACAAACACUGCAAGCUCUUAUGAGCGAAUGCGCAGAAUGGCGUGAAGAUAUUAUUCAUUCUUUCCUUAACUACAUGACAACUCAGUUUUCUGACACAUAUCCGCUUCUACUUGAUUCAUUACUACGACUUUUAUAUCAAUUGUUGUUUACGUGGAAGACGGCUGUAUAUAUGGAAAAGAAACGUGAAAUGAGCGGUGGCACCGAACGAGAUAACUGUUUCAUUAAUCCCCUGAGAAUGCAGAUUUCACCGAUAUUAACAAAUUCGAUUGCUAUAGCAUUGCAUGCAGUAGAAGGUUUCGCUCUUGCAAUGAUGUGUCAGUACAGGACACAAUCCAGGAAGAUUUCUAUAAAUAUUUUAAAAGAGGUGCGAAAUUUGCUAACGCUUGUAACAUCACAACAGCAUGAUACACCUGUAAUUGAGGUGUUGGAUAGUGCAACACCGUAUGUAAUCAAUAAAUACAUCGAACAUGUUCCUCUUUAUGAAAGGCAAUCGUGGAAUCAUGAUUUUUCAUCAGCUUCGGAUAAAAUUGCAUCAAUUGAAACAGAUAGCUGUUUGGUGAAUAGUGAUAAAGGUAACGAAUAUUUUCGAUGGGACCCAUGGGCUUCCGCACUUUCUGGUUACUGUGAACAUCGUUUCCUCUUAACGCAAUGCCCCACAGCCGUUUUCCAUGCCUGGCCUGUAGUACAAGCUCGGCUCAAUGCAUGUAGUAAUUUUGUGGAUCCCAAUAAUCCACAAAAUGAAAAUCGAGCAUCUUUGCUGCGGACAUCAAAAAGUAAAGCAACAGCUUCACCGUUAUGUGGCGAAUCGCUUGGUCAAGACAGCUAUUUGUCAUUGUGGCAGAAGUAUCUUGUAAUGGCUUGUGCAUUGGCACCACCGCAUACUGAUGCAGCUACUUUUAGCCGAGGAUUUUCACCCACUUCAUCGGUGGACAAUGAUGUGUUUCGCUCCUUGGCAUCAUCCGUCCGUGCUCCACGAUCAUCGGCUGCGGUGAAUGCUACAUUCUUCGUAAAAGUUGUAACUAUGUUACGUUGGGAGCAUAUGACUGAUAUGCGUGAUAGUGUCGUAUUAGGUAUUGGUUCAACAAAUCCUUUGGCAUUUGAAGCACUUCUUGAUGAGAUGAAAGGGCUUUUAAGAGAAGUAAUGGAUCGGAAAAACGAUAAUAAUGCUCGGAGGAAGAAACGGAAGGAUCUAUUACGACUGCAAAUAAUUCGCAUACUUCAGAUUGCAACAUUUAGAGGUGUGCUGCAAUGUUCAGGUUGCAUUGAUGUUGAAAGUGGACUUUGUUCUGUCCUUGUUGACUUUUUGGAUUCUAUGCGACAGAAUUUAGAAUCUGACCAGGAUCGUGAUAUGUUGCUAUUGACAAAUUUGCGAUUGCAUUUUGCAAAAACUAUGGCAAUGAUUAUUACCAGCAUUGCACCAGAAAAAAGGCGAAACUUAUUGGGCAAUAAUUUGAAGCAGAAUUUAUUUUUCUUAUUCACUUCAUGGUGUAGUAGAAGCAUUGCAUCAGAUAAAAGACGCGACAGUAACGUUGGAACAUAUGUAGAACAACGAGCUGUUGAAGCAAUGUGUGCAUUAUUAUGUUGCGGACCAAUAUUUGAACCGAUUAAAGCUAUCGGAGAAGAUGGUUAUUUGUAUGGCUGGUUGGAAGCUUUGCUUGAUUCAAAUAAUCCUGUGCUCGAAAAAUUGUUCGAGUCCACGUUAAGUACGAUGCUUGAUUUGAACGAUGAAACAUCGCAACUUCUAGAAUGGACAAUUAACGUUUGCUAUUCCAAACCUGCUUAUGUGGCGGCGAAAAGCUUCCGUUCAUUGGUUAUGCUUUUCUCUCGAAGGGAAUAUCCUUGUGAGUUCGAUUCAUUAUUCGUCCUCUGUCAGAUGUUAGCAGGAGACAGUGAUACACGUGUUUCCGAACCUGCAGUACAGCUUCUUCAUCUUCUACGACGACAGUUUCUAGAUGAUUCAUUGACCGUACCAAAUCUUAUCAACCUGCAUAAUUUCUCAUCAAAUCAAAUCGAAGUUUGUCGUUUGCUCGCAAAAACGUAUCCCAAAAUAACGAUGUCGGUUUUUUCAGAAGUUUGCUCUCGUGUUGAAAGUGCGAAAUGCAACAGAAAGACUGCUAUAUUAUCGCUGCUUUCUGCAUGGUUGGAAAAUAUUCAACUUGUAGAGCCCCAAGAAGACAGUGCAAGAGAUGGAAGUAAUGGAGUAAGGUCAGGAUGGGGUUCAACCGAAGCCACUCAACUAAUCCUGAAUAAUCUUCUUUAUUUAACAGCAACAUUAUCUGAUAAGCAUGUGAAAGAACUUUCGAUGCUAUGGAAUACGUUAGCUAUAUCACAUCCAACAAAUUUGCCAAUAAUUGUGAAUUAUCUGUUUAUAAUGGCUUCGUUAUCUCCCGAUAUGUUGUUGCCACAUACGAAACGUGUAUGUUGCUUGUUGAUGGAUUCAAGUGCACAUAACUUGUUGAAAAUUCUAAUGAAUGAUAUGGAUUGUGUAAACGAACAAUUCAAAGCAAAUUUGGAACGAUGUGAAAUUCCACCGUUCUAUCGUUACCAGAAUACUUUGGAAAUAACACAUGAAAAGCAAAUAGCAACAAAAACGAAGGAAACUAGUAUGGGUACUACAGAAAUCAUUGUAUCGGAUGAAGACACUGUUAGCAUUAUUCAUGAUUUGCCAAUGCCAGCUUAUGGAGGACACUAUUCAAAAUUGUCGUCUUUUCUGCCACCAACCACUCAACCAGUGUUGUUAUUUACGAAAAGCAAUUUGGCAUUACUUCAUGUAACUGAUUUGUUACGGUGUCCUUCAUCAGAAGAGUGGUGUGAUCAUAUACCACUGUUGUUACAUAUUGCUGUCUUAGGAUUGGAUUCAUUGCGUCCACUAAUAUGUCAUCAUUCACGACAAGUUAUCAUCAAUAUCAUUUUAUUGCAAUCCGGUGGAAUUGUUCCUGCUUCGCAGUUAUCGAAUAUCCUACUUACUAAUCAGAUAAAUAGGGAAGGUCAGAUAAACAACGGAUCGAGUGCUGACGAUAGCCGUACAGAUAGUAUUGCACGUGGUGAAACACCUACUUUUUCAACAAUGAAAUGUAACGAAUAUCAACAAAUGCUGCUAAGCAAUAAUGGUUCAUUUAGUACAACAUCCGAUAUGAUUCAAGCAUUCGUAUGUUGCAUGUCUGAGAAAAUGGAUAAACCUCUUUGGGCUAACGAAGAUGUAACACCGCGACAAUGGCGGAUUGAAAGUGCUAUACAGCUAGGAUGUAUGGUGCGUCAUCUAGCUGAACUCCUGAUUGAUGCAAACCCAAGUUUGGCAUUGCGCUGGUCGCAGCUAGCGAUGGGAAUGGCUUUGUCAACUUCAAAUCGGCAUAUUGCUGGUCGUUGUUUCCAAAUUAAUUCUGCUCUUUGUCAGUCACCUUCACCGUGGAUUCCGAAUAUUUUGUCACGUUUAGCAGAAACGGUUGGUGAGCCACAUGAAGAUACACAAUCUUAUGUGACAGAUAUAAUGCUUUGUCUCCAAAUAGCUGUCUCUCAUUUAUCCUUAAUGCCUCAAGCAUCAAAUAUUUUGCAAUGUCCUACUCAUACACGUUCCACAUCUUAUACACCUGCUGUAUUGCAUCAGAUUUCAAAUGCUGUUGCUUCAACUGUUUUAUCACCAACUCGUGAACGGAAAGAUAUGCGACAUUCAGUUUUGGUAACUGAUGAACGAGAAGCACCGGCAGGUUUAAGUCGAAGUAAAAGUGCAACAGCCUUGAAAACUAUGGAUGCUGGUGUUGGUGAAGAUUUUUCAACACUUUGUCGGUUAUUUCUAAUUGCUGUCGCGAUGCUUGAAUCAAAUUCUGACAACGAGUAUCUUCUCGCACUACAUCUGUUGGAUAAGGUGUUUGAUGCAGCAGCUUUAGAUAAAGCAUUAUGCCUGCAGCGUCUGUCAAAAACAGUAUCACAGUUGGACUGGAAAAAUUACGGUGGUAUCACUGGCUUAAUUAUGAAAGGUACAACAAUACAGUCAGGUUAUGAAUUAUCGCUGUCAUUGCUACUGAAAUGUCUGGAAGUGAUAGAUGAACCAGCAAUGGGACCAUGCAGUCUGAUUCCUUUACUGAUUACUUCAUCUAUGCCAUUACUUUUGCUUAAUUUCGAAACACCCACAGCACUCUGCUUAUCGAUUACUAGAAAGUUGGCUGAGUUCCUUUCGGAACGAAUAACAGAAACGGAAGAACAAUCACUUGACAAUCCACUUUCUCAUUUAUCAUCUAUGAUGCAUAAAUACGCUGAACGUUGUUUUCCACGUGAUCGUUUCCAGUGGGCGAAAUGUGUAUUCAAGUAUGCGUAUGAUGGCUUAACACCGGAUCAUACUCAGCUUUUUGUCCUCCUUGCUGAGAUGUUGGAAAGAAGUGUAACAUCAUUGCAUACGUAUAUACUUUCAUGCUUAUAUUUAUUAGCUGGUAAUGUUGAUUUAUCACAAUGUUCACCAUUAUCACUAAAUGCUCAGGUUGUACGAAUUGUAUCGAAGCACCUACAGGGUCCAAAUUGGAAAGAUGCUUCGAGAAUUCUGAAAUGUUUUGUGCAGUAUGAUAGUGUCGCUAUUGAUGGCCAUAUUUCAGAUGGACCAGAAUCCAAUGGAGUUGCACGACCGGAAGGACUUCAGUUGGAAGUUCCGCUUCGUGGUUGCUUCAUACCUUCAUCGUCAACCGCACAUAAAAGUACUCCAGAAACAGCAUCAUUGCGGAAACACACUACGUGUAAUCAGACAAAAGUACGAGAGCGUUUGAUCAGUUUACUGAAUGCUUCCGGACUUCGCGUUGGUUUGCCAAAAAGUGCUUCGAUAAUUUUCUCACAAUCAUUGCAUGAUAUUUCCUAUGAACCACCGAAUUCAAAUUCCACCUCAACAGAGCGAAUCUCACCAUCAUAUGUAGGUGAUGGUGAAUCAGCAUCAUCAUUGGUUGUCGAUCAAUCUGUUACUAAUUCUUUUCCCCGAGUAUUCCGUGAGUUUGAUUUCUUGGAAGCGGAACAUGAUACUGUAUCGGAGUCAACGGAAUCAUGUUUUAAUUGGCUUUCAACGAUACGACCACAUUCCAUAAGUAAAGUUGCCAUUGAUGUCGAAGAGCAGUAUCAGGAUGAUGAAUGUACGGAAAUUGCUGGUGAUCAGCGCCCAUCUUCAGCAGCUUCUGAUUCACUCGAUGUAUCAAGUGAAAGGACACCAAUUGGGGCAGGAAUUCGUAGCGAAACCGCUUCCGAAGAAGAAAGUUGUGAAGAAUUAGAAGAUGAAUUUGCUAUUGAUGAUGAAAAGCUUCGAAUGGCAGAUAUGUCAUCGUUAGCAGAAUCUAUUCGAUGUGGCCAUUCGGUAGCAUCGGUGGAAAAUGUACCACCGAAACGACCUCCUCUAUUCUUGCAAUGUAAUCAUCAUGCUUCAGCUCAAGGUGAGCAUCAAUGGCUUUCAAGUUUUGCGGAUUUGAGUGUGGAUGAAAGUGGCGAUUUGACAGCGCAUGCGACUUUGCUUUUCACUCAACUUUACCGGGAAUGUUGUUUGAAAUUAUCCGGUAUAUUACGGGAUGCAUCACAAGUGCUUUCAACAUCACAUCAUGAGAUCGCUGCUCAACUUAGUGAUGCAUUGGAUCUUGUUCUUAAAAUUUUCGAUUGUCCAUUUCUGUUCGUUACGGCUCAAUUUGUAUGUUAA